AAAACAAAAUAAUACAAUCUUCCUUUGUUUUUCUUUUCUUUUUCCUCUAUUUUCCAAACAUAGGGUACAGCCAUCCAUUUGUAAACAAUCGGGUUCAACCAAAUCGAUUCGGGUUGGGUCCAAGCACUCUAGCUAGCUGCUCGCUUUAACGCCUAAACCCUUGAAGAACAGAAACAGAGACGGACAAAAUCACAGAAAGGUAAAGACAAAAAUGGCGACCGAAGAAGAGAGCGCAGUGAAAGAGCCAUUGGAUCUCAUAAGACUCAGCCUCGAUGAGCGCAUCUAUGUCAAGCUUCGGUCCGAACGAGAACUGCGCGGGAAACUCCAUGCUUAUGAUCAGCAUCUAAAUAUGAUUCUUGGGGAUGUUGAAGAAAUUGUUACAACUGUUGAAAUCGAUGAUGAAACAUAUGAAGAGAUUGUACGAACUACAAGGCGUACUGUUCCUUUUCUCUUUGUUAGAGGAGAUGGUGUCAUAUUGGUUUCUCCACCACUGAGGACUGCUUGAUUUGGAGGAUGAAGUUCAAGAUUCUGUCAUGAUAUAUCUGUAUCAAAUGAAUGGCAUUGUGGGUGAAAUUUAGGGUAUCCACUUUUUUAUACCAUCAUGUGACUAGUUUGUUCAGACAAUCUGUGCUUUGCCAUGUUGAAUCUUUAUUGUUUAGGAACCAUAUAUAGAUAAUGAAAAAAAUAUAUAUAAAAAUUUCAAAUUUUAUGGAA